AUGUAUAUUACAAGAGAGUGUGUACUUUAACGCUACCGCAGAUGAGCCAGUUGAGAGCAGUGAGCCAUUGUCACCAGCUUACGAGACGGAAAGUGGGAAGUUCAACGACGCAUUCGAGCUCGACCAGGGCCGCUAUUUCAGCACCGCGGCGCGCAUGCUUCGAGACCAAGCUCUUCAUAGGCCGCGCGUCAUCAAGCAGCGCUCGAGCGAAGCCCGGAGAGCCAGCUAUCUCCGCCAGCGGGAAGGGUUUGUGCCUGGCAGUGAUGCUGUCGUGCUCGAAACGUCCACUGCUGUGCGUGAAACCUCACCCGACCCACCGGACCAUGCGGACUUCAGUAAAAUGGACAUCCCGAAGCGCACUUCGAGUACGAUGUGCACUUCUAAUCUUCCAAGAAUCUCUCGAGAUCUGAAGACCCUGACCAGGACGGUGAGUAAAGAGCAUGGUACACUCAGUCAGUCUGUGAGGAGGAGGAGGCCGAGCCUGCCAUUUCAGUCACCAGUGAAGCAGUCCACAGAUAGCCACACGCACUGA